AUGCGCAGCAAAGUACCUGUAGGCAAGUCCUCACCUCGUCCUCACGUGCAGGUUAAUAACUACGGGCGAAUUAGCUCGCUCGGCGAUGACAUCCGUGUAGCCAUGGCGAAGAACGCGAGCAAGGCGGCAAGUCCUACCGCCGCCUCCGGUGCGAGCUGUGACGGGGACGACGGAGACGAAGCGAACGGCGACGACGCCGAGGAGGAUUGGCCGGAGAACGGCCACGACGACAGCGCUUCAGGCGACGAUGUAGGUCCUGCUGACAUCGAGGAGGACGACUGGUGGAAUCGGCCGGUCGGGAGCGACGACGAGGUGGAAGAGUGGCAUGCUGGUGAUUCCGACAACGACGGAGGUAAAGAUGCGCAUGGUAACAACGCGGAGGCAGCGGCGGAUGCACAGGAAGCGGCGGUGGAUGCGAAUGAGGAGGCUGACGACGAGGCGGGGGCGGAACUUGAGACAUUUGCGCCUGCGGAUGCGGCCGCAGUUGCGGAUGCGGAAGGCGAGGAAGGCGGCGACGACGACCCAUGGAGCUUUGGGACCGACGACGACGUCCCGCUACUGAAGCGGAGGCUGCGCCAUCGCCUACAGUCCAAGUCAAAGCGGGCCCGCGUGGUGCUCUCUGACGACGACGGUCCGGGGGAGGAGCGUCGCCCGAUACUCACCGCUGCGGAGAAGGGGAAAGCCAAGGUCGCGGAAGCCCCUGCUAAGGCCCCAGCUAAAGCCCCUGCUCGUCGCCGCACAAGCAACAAGAAGCUGACAUCCGACGGAGACCCGGGAUCCAGCAAGGGUGCGGCUAAGAAGAAGGCGAAGAAGGCGCCGACUCCUGACGACAUCGCCGUGAACGAGCCGCUGGGCAGCGACGAUGAGUACGCGGCGGCGGUGGGCCCGAUUCCCACGUUCCCUGAGAAGGACAACGGGUGGAUGGACGAGACCGCUGUGCAGACCUGGCUGUCCAAGGAGGUGUUGCCCCAUCUGAACCCCCAGCGCGGCCAGAACGCAAGGCGGCCGAUGCUGGUGUUGGAUUCCUACCGCGGUCACAUCACCCAGACCAUGCUUCAGUCGUACCGCACGCACAGCAUCACCCUUGCAGUCAUCCCAGCGGGUUGUACGAGCCAGAUUCAACCCCUGGACGUCUCCAUCAACCGGUGCUUCAAGGCUGCUAUGCGAGCGCACUACGCCAGGUGGUUCAUGCGUGAAGGGAUUCACCUGAAGACGAAGAAGGGGAACCUGCGGAGGCCUCCGCACCCCGUGGUGCUGCAGUGGAUCGCGGAGGCUUGGGAUCAAGUCCCCAAGCAGAUCAUCAUCGACCCGUUCCGCCACUGUGAGAUCUCGAGCAAGCUGGACGGAACAGAGAACCACCUGGUGAUGUCUCACCUACGCGCCAGGAGCACCACCGAUGUCUCCGCGGACAUGCCUCUCGGGGGGACCACAGGUGACAACACGCGCCUGCUCGGUCGGGCUCUAGAGGAGGAGGAGGAGGAGGAGGCGAUGCAGGCGGAGGGCGUGCGGGAGGUGGCCGUGGCAACCGGCCUGGAGGUGUUGUACCAGGAGACCCCCAACUACCGCGGAGCGGCGGCCGAGGCUGACCGCAUGAUCGAGCCUAGGGAGACGGCUAGGCAUGCCUGGCGAGUGCCAGACCUGGGUGUAGAGCCUGAUGUUAGUGCAGGUGAGGAGGCGGUGACUGAGGGGGGUUAG